AUGAAUACGACAAUAUCAAUGAGUAUUAAAAAUGGACCAUCGGAAUGGCUUCGUCUAUUUCUUGUUAUACUUUUUAUAAUUAUUCUUUUGAUUGGUCUAUUUGGUAAUUGUCUUGUUUUACUAUCAGCAAUAACUAAUCAUAGAAAUAUACACCGUUCAUCAACGAAUCUACUUCUUGUCAAUAUGUCAUAUGCUGAUUUAAUUAUACUUAUUUUUAAUAUAUUUGAUAUAGCACAAUUUUCAUUCGAUCCUUACUGGCCGACGGCUUGGUAUCUUGGUUUAUCAUUUUGUAAAAUAGUUCGUUUUUCACAAGUAUUUGGUUGUUAUGUUAGCGUACAAACAUUACUGACUAUUAGUAUUGAAAGGUAUAUUUCAAUAAUUCAUCCUAUUAAAAUAUCUCAAAUAAAUCAUCGCAAACGUCUUUAUUUAAUAUUUAUCCUAAUAUGGUCUUUAGGAUUUCUUAUGGCUUUACCAAAUCUAUACCUACUUGAAUUACAUCCAUUUCACAAUCGACCACAGUAUUACGUUUGUGGUUUAUCUGAUCAGUGGAUUGAUUCACAUUUAAUUACAUUCUAUAAAUACGCAGAGUCGAUUCUUUUCUUUUUUCUGCCAGCUUUUAUACAGACAAUUCUCUAUUUGAUAAUCUGCCGUAAAAUUUUUCUGGUUGAUCGCGCUGUAAAAUAUCAUGGUCAUGCACAAGCCAUACAGCAAGUUAUUAUAAGCAAUUCUUUGCAACGAUAUUCCGAUACAAAACUCAGUUCGUCACUACCAUCACCUUUAAUGAAUAACAAUACCGUUAGCUUAUCACCACAGCGUGUAUCUCGUGUUAUAAAAGCAACAAACAAUAAUGGAAAUAAAGCGCGUAGAAAAGCUAUUAUUAUGAUAUUAAUUGUUGCUAUACUUUAUUUUAUUGCAUUUUCACCAAUACAAAUUAAUUUUAUCUAUACACAAAUAAAUCAUUCGCAUCAUCUUUACGAGCAUCGUCUCUUUUUCAUUGUAACAAUUCUAUUGGUAUUAUCAUCAACAGCUUUCAAUCCAAUUAUAUUUUAUAUAUUUAGUAAAUAUUUUCGAUGUAAAUUUCAAAUUCUUUUGCGUUGUCUAUGCCCAUCAUGUCGUUUAUCAACAAAACAAAGGAAUAAUUUUGGAAUAAUAUAA